UGCUCAACCUGAGAUAUUAAACGCGGAAAGGAAUGUGCAGCCUACAUCAGUAAAGAAUGUGCAGCCCACAUUUGGAUUUGUAGCCUACGCCUUCACAAACCACCAGCGACAAGGCAAGCAGUAGACACAUAUUCGGCGAUGGAGGCGGUUUUAAAAUGUGAUGCUGUGACGACUGAAUGCGCUGCAUGUAGCAUCAUAUCUCAUCUCAUUCGGGGAACUAAUUUAUAAAUAUUGUAUGUCUCCUGCACGGAUGUACCGUAUUAUAUCUGUUAUAUCCGUAAACGCUACCAGUGACAUAUUUUUAAUCAUUUAGCGUUUGGAAAGACGUUAGGGGAAGUUCCGACUUCGCGUAUCUGAGAAACGCUGUCGUACCAUGACUUAUAUUGGAAAUAUUUGAGAAGGAAGAGAUUACCUUACCUACCAUGGAUGUUAUCGCGGUCUCCUUCCUCAACCCCCUGGACGAGUAUGAAUUGAUCCAUCGAAUUGGAAGUGGCACGUACGGCGAUGUUUUUAAGGCUCGUAACAUCAAGACCUCAGUGAUUGCAGCCAUCAAAGUAGUAAAGUUGGAUCCAGGAGAGGAUGUUGCCUGUAUCCAGCAGGAGAUCUCCAUGAUGAAAGAGUGCUCUCACAGGAACAUUGUUUCGUAUUUCGGCAGCUACCUCAGGAACAAUAAGCUGUGGAUUUGUAUGGAGUACUGUGGAGGAGGGUCACUGCAGGACAUCUACCAAGUGACUGGCCCAUUGAAGGAGAAGCAGAUCGCUUUCAUCUGUAGGGAAAUUCUCCAGGGCUUGCAUCACCUGCAUCAAAGUGGAAAAAUGCACAGAGACAUUAAGGGAGCCAACAUCCUUCUGACUGAGCAAGGAGAUGUUAAACUGGCUGAUUUUGGUGUGGCAGCUGAGAUUGAUGCCUCUCUGGCGAAGAGGAAGUCUUUCAUUGGAACUCCUUACUGGAUGGCCCCAGAGGUGGCAGCAGUGGAGAAGAAGGGUGGAUAUAACCAGCUGUGUGACAUCUGGGCCUUGGGCAUCACGGCCAUCGAGCUGGCCGAGCUACAGCCUCCCAUGUUUGACCUCCACCCAAUGAAAGCCCUGAGGUUGAUGGCAAAGAGCAGCUUCCAGCCUCCUAAACUGAAGGAUAAAUCCAAGUGGUCAGCGGACUUUCACAGCUUCCUAAAGAUGUGUCUUACCAAAAACCCUCGCAAGAGACCUACUGCAGAAAAGCUUUUGCAGAACCCCUUCAUGGCCCAGCUCUUGACUCGAGCCCAAGUCAUCGAGCUGCUGGACAUGGCGAGAAACCCCGACCUCCAACCCACACUCACCAUGGAUGAGAGCGAUCUGGAUAUUUGUGAUGCGUUCCCUGACAAGAUCCAGUCUUUGGCGAGACACCUUCCAGCACAGAGAACCUCUUCAGAGGAGCAGUUCAGUCGGGUGAAGUUCAGGCCCCCAAUGAGAAAGGAGACAGACCCCUGUCCCGAUCUGGGCUCUUAUGACGAUUGGAGCAUGACAGGGGAUGAACAGAGUUCUCCGAGUCUACUGGAGUGUGUGGAAGAGGCCUUACUGGAGAGGAGCCUCACCAUAAAGAGGGCCCCCUCCGCAGCGCACAGCCCAGUGGAGGAAGAAGAUAAAUGUGGGACAGUGAAGCGGCGUGCGGGGGGCAGCAUCCCCUCCCUGCCUUGCCUGGAAGAUGCUCACCCCUCUACCCCAUCCAGCUCCCUUCCAGGAGGCAUGGUGGAAGGGGAGCAGUGGGCUGGGGGGAGCCCUUCCAGAGCCCCACCGCUCUCUCCUGAGUGGAGCACACUGAGGAGACAAACUGAGGACUCGAGAGCUGAGUGUCAUGGACUACCCCCAACCCCCAAAGUGCACAUGGGAGCUGGUUUCUCCAAGGUGUUUAACGGCUGUCCUCUGAAGAACCACGCUGCGGUUACCUGGGUCUUUCCAAAAACGCGAGAUCAGCACCUCAUCAUAGGAGCGGAGGAGGGCAUCUACACCCUCAACCUCAACGAGCUUCAUGAGGACACCAUGGAGAAGCUGCUCCCACAGAGGUCCACCUGGCUGUACGUCAUGAACAACGUCCUCAUGUCUGUCUCAGGGAAGUCCUCCCAGCUGUACUCCCACAGCCUUCCAGGGCUGUUCCACCAGCGCAGACACCUGCUGAAAAGGCAGGGCCACCUGUCCAUCAGCACCAAUCGGCUGUCGGAGAGGAUCAACCCCAGGAAGUUUGCCAUUUCUGCAAAGAUUCCCGACACCAAAGGUUGCCGCAGGUGCAGUGUGGUUCGUAACCCCUACACUGACAGCACCUUCCUGUGUGGGGCUGUGCCUUCUGGUCUUGUCCUGCUGCUGUGGUAUGAACCCAUGCAGAAGUUCAUGCAGCUCAAACACAUAGCGGUUUGCCUCCCGGAGCCCCUCCCCAUCUUUGAGCUGCUGGUUCGGGAGGCGGACGAGCUGCCCCAGGUGUGCGUGGGUGUGAGGGAGGGUACCUCGGGGGAGGCAGGUCUGCCCUCAGAGCACAAGCUGGAGUUUGACAUCAUACCUCUGACCUCUGACACCGCCAGCACCCCUGCAGAUAUUUCGUCCCUGAAAGCUGGUCAGGUGACUCAGCUGGACAGAGACACAAUCCUCAUCACACUGGAGAAGACUGUUAAGGUUGUGACCUUGCUGGGACUGCCAUGCAGAGAAAUUACCUCUGACCUGACCUUUGACUUUGCCAUAGAGACACUGGUUUGUCUACAGGACAGCGUACUGGCUUUCUGGAAGCAUGGCCUUGUGGGGCGGAGUCUGCAGAACAAUGAGAUCACUCAGGAGAUCACAGAUGAGAGCCGCAUUUUCCGGGUCCUGGGAACCAACAGGGACAUCAUCUUGCAGAGCACCCCCACAGAAAACCCCUCCGCCCCCAGCAACCUGUACAUCCUGACUGGCCAUGAGAGCAGCUGCUGACAGGGAACACUACAGGUUUUACAUCAGGAGAUCAGAUUCCCUCAGAAAUGGCUCACAGCAUCUACCACUGAGACCUCUGAUUGGACGACAACACACUGAGUUUUCUGGAUUGGACAACGACACACCGAGAUUUGUGAUAGGCAGUCUCAGUGUUCACGUGCACAUGUACAAUACAUACACAUACAAAUACAGGUGUGCGUACAUAGGGCACAUACACACAUGCACACAUUAAAGUAUGCAUGCAUGCAUGUGGAGUGCACGCAGAUGCACACACAUUCAAGGGCGCAUAUAUGUGCACACACGUGUGUAUGUAUUCAAGCAGGUAUCCAUACAUUCGCCAUACAGGUGCCAUCCAUCCACCCAUUUUCUAAAGCACUUAUUCCUGGUCAGGGUGGUGGGGGGUGCUGGAGCCUAUCCCAGCAUGCAGUGGGUGAGAGGCAGGAAUAUACCUGGACAGGUCACUAAUCCAUUGCAGGGCACACACACUCACACACUCAUACCUAUGGGCAAUUUAGAGUCUCCAAUUAGCUUACUGCAUGUCUUUGGACUGUGGAAGGAAACCAGAGUACCCGGAGGAAACCCACACAGACACGGGGACAACAUGCAAACUCCACUUGGUAGCUUUUUGCGGAGCUGUGAGUGUUAUUCAUUGCACACCGUGUCCCUCACUGUCAAAUGCACACAGGUAUAUUACUGCAUACAUGUAGUGUGUAAUCACUGCAUUUGGAUAACUGAACUGGUUCCUCGCUUUACAUUGUGGUGUUGGACUGAGGUGUGGAGUAUGACCUCUCUCCCCAAUCAAGUUGCAAGCAAUCAAAUGACCAGCACAGUGAUAUUAUACAAUCGACGGACCACCACAGUGAUAACAAUAAAAGUACCAGCGCAGUGAUAACAUACAAUCAAAGGACCAGCACAACGAUAACUAACAAUCAAAGGACCAGCACAGCGAUAACAUACAAUCAAAUGACCAUCACCAAAAUUGUGCACAAUCAUCUGACCAGCGCUGUGAUUGCAUAUGAUCACUUGACCAGCAUGAUUAUCACCGUAGCUGCACAGAAAUGAUCAAUGAUUACCUGACCAGCACAGCGAUUACAAACAACCAUCCGACCAGAACAUUGGUUACACGUUUACUUAACCAGGUAAUAGAACAAACAGGUGGGAUGUGAGACAUGUUGCUGAGGACAGAGGGUCAGCUGGUUCAAGACUUGUAGGAACUUUUAUAUCUGAGCUCCAACAGAUGAGAGUAUCAAUGAUCAUCAUUUUCUCAUCACAUGGAAAACAAUGCUGUGAGAUCUUUAGAUAAAUGUUUUGCUCCAGUUUUCAUGUUCUCAAUAACACACCAUGUCAAUGUCAGGUGUUAAUGUAAAAUAAAUAAAAGUAAAUGAGAUAUGACAGAAAAUAUUAUUUUGAUCUUGAGGAAAACUAUGUUUCUCUGGUUCUGGUGUGGAAACAGUGUAGGUCAUGAAUUGUUUAUGCCAUAAUUAUCAUCUUUACAUUACAAAGGAAAUUAAAUGACCAAGUCUGUAUCACCAUAGCGACACCACCCAACAAAUCCAGUAGGAAGAAGGCCUGACUGUGUGUACAGAUGGGACACGUAUCUGAUCUAUCUGUUGGUCUAUUGUAUUUAGCAAAUUGCCUUUAAUAUUUGCUGUCCUAGCAAGGAGCAGAGAUCAGGCAUUAGGUUACCUUGUGCAGAUGUUAAAGGCUGCCUUCGAUGUUUUUAAACAUGGGAUUCCAAAAAGAAACCAGUCUAAUACACUAAUGUCCCUACUUUCAGUGUUGAAGAAAAUCCAGCCAGAUUUCACAUACUCUGUGACUUCACUCAGUAUUAGCCUGCUCACUAAUAGAGCUUCCUUCAUUUGACCUACAGUGGAAAUGAACACCCUUUAUUUGAACAACCUCUCAAAGGGCUAACAUGUAUAGAGACAAAGAACCAAGAACAGAGGCCAGAUGCACUCCAUAUUUCACUGUAGAUAAAUGUGUGGUACUAACAAAGCACAUCUCUUGUAAACUUGAAUUUUUUGGUGGAUUUCUAACGCUUUAAAAAUCGAAGGUAUGAAAUGCUGCAGGCAGGGCUCCCUGCCAUGACACCUGAACUGUUAUCCUUUCUCUAUCUCUUACUUCCUCUGUUUUCUACCUGUCUGAAUAAAGCAAAUAAUACAAAAGCAG